CCGGAGUGUAGUAGAAAACGGACUGUCGCUGAACAGCGGAGGAGAGCGGUAAAGAAAAAAAGCAGUGAAAUGUUGUAAAACCCAAGCUAGUUCAAGCCUAGUAAGGGGGCAGACGAGGAGGGACAACGCCGGAGGAUUAUUGUUCCUUGUAUAAUUAUCGUUAAAGUCUGUAAACUCCCGCUUUUUGAUGCUGUCCGCACGGAGGUUUGAGCCAAUAACGGACUUAUUGGUCGGCUGAACCAUGCAGAGGCUGCUGCUCCUGAGUUUGGUGCUGAGUUUUCAAACUGUGUGGACAGCGAGAUUCUCUCAGGAGCCGGCAGACCAGUCGGUGGUGCGGGGCCAGAGGGUGAUCCUGUCCUGUGUUGUAUUCAACUACUCUGGCAUUGUUCAGUGGACCAAAGAUGGCUUGGCUCUGGGCAUUGGAGAGGACCUCCGAGCCUGGCCCAGGUACCGUGUGCUGCGAGUCCAGGAGUUGGGCCAAUACAACCUGGAAAUUCUGUCAGCUGAUCUGUCUGAUGACUCCCUGUAUGAGUGCCAGGCCCCAGAUGCUGCCCUGAGGUCCAGGAGGGCCAAACUCACUGUCCUCAUCCCCCCAGACGACCCAGUGAUUGAUGGGGGUCCGGAGGUAUUGCUGAAUGCGGGGGAGUCCUACAACCUGAGCUGCGUGUCUCGCGGGGCAAAGCCGCCCUCUAUGAUCGAGUGGCUCAAAGACGGCCUACCUGUGGAGGGGGCUGUCAGCACCACUGAAGUUCUUCCAGACAGGAAGAGAGUGACCACACGUAGCUACCUGCCUAUUCAGCCGAUUGACACAGAUACUGGAAGGAACUACAGCUGUGUGGCCACCAAUCUGGCUGUUCCUACAGGCAAAAGCACAACUGUCACUCUCAACGUGCACCAUCCACCAAUAGUGACCUUGUCCAUUGAGCCUCGCUCUGUCCUAGAAGGGGACAGAGUCACCUUCACCUGCCAGGCUCACGCCAACCCUCCUAUUAUGGGCUACAGGUGGGCUAAGGGCGGCGUGGUGCUGCAGGGUGCCAGGGAGAGCGUGUUCACCACUAAGGCCGACCACUCCUUCUUCACUGAGCCUGUCUCAUGUCUUGUUUUCAAUGCUGUGGGAAAAACCAACGUCAGCAUCUUGGUGGACGUUCACUUUGGUCCAAUCCUGUUGGUGGAGCCACAGCCAAAAACAGUAGAUGUCGACUCUGAUGUGACCCUCAACUGCAAAUGGGCUGGAAACCCUCCGCUCACUCUCACCUGGUUCAAAAAGGGUUCAAACAUGGUUCUGAGUAACAGCAACCAGCUGUAUCUGAAGUCAGUGAGCCAGGCGGAUGCUGGCCAGUAUGUAUGUAAGGCCAUCGUCCCACGGAUUGGAGUAGGAGAGACUGAGGUCACGCUCACAGUUAACGGUCCACCCAUCAUCUCCAGUGAGCCAGUCCAGUAUGCCGUGAGAGGGGAGAGAGGAGAAGUGAAAUGCUACAUAGCGAGUACACCUCCUCCAGAUAAGAUAGUGUGGGCAUGGAAGGAGAACGUGUGGGAGAAGGAGAAGGGGACGCUGCUGGAGAGGUACACGGUGGAGCAGAGCAAACCGUCAGCCGAGGGCGGUGGCGUCCUCUCCACCCUCACCAUCAACAAUGUGAUGGAGUCCGACUUCCUGUCCACUUACAACUGCACGGCCUGGAACUCUUUUGGCCCGGGCACCAUGAUCAUCACACUGGAGGAGAAAGAGGAGGUUCCAGUGGGGAUAAUAGCUGGCGGGACCGUGGGCUCUACCAUCCUCUUGUUCAUAUUCCUGCUGGUCUUAGUUCUUAUUUUCUACCGGCAACGCAAAGGCAGUCGGCGCGGGGUCACGCUGGGUAAGCCUGACAUCAAGGUAGAAACGAUAAACAAGGAGACCCACAGCUUAGAGGAGGACUCUGGCAGCGUGUCCACAGCUUCGCGCAUGGUCAAGGCCAUGUACUCGUUUCUCCCCUCUGUGUCCUUCUCUCCUUCAAAUCAGCCCUUUAAAGAUGACAUAGAGCUCAAGUCUGACCUCCGCAGUGACACCCUGGACACCCGCCAGGAGUAUGACCUUAAGGACCCCACAAAUGGUUAUUACAAUGUGCGAGCCUCCACCCAUGACGAAGUGCGUCCUGCCUCCCAUUCCACCAUGCACUACUCAGACUACCGCUCCCCCACAGGAACACCAGGGGGAGCUGCAUCUAUUAGCAGCAGCACUGGUGGCUCAGGUGCCACAGCCAGCGGAGGAGCCCCGGGUCCCCCUGGCCCCCUCACUUCACCUGGACGCCCGCAAGCCUGCUACGACCCCCGACCGCCUUCCAGACUGUCCCACAUCAGCUAUGCCCAGUUCAACACCUUCACCCGUGGGGGCCAAAGCCAGCAGCCCCCAGCUAACCCUACCCCUGCAGCCAGUGACUUCCCUGGGGACUGUAGCCUCCUGGACUCCACUUCCCAACUGGCCUAUGACAACUAUGGAUACCCCUCACACUACCAGACCUACCGAAUGGGUUUUGCACCAUCCAGCCUGGCUCCUCUUGAGGCUGGCCCAUCCUAUGAGAUGUAUGGGGUGGGAUCUGGGGUGGGCAGUCCUGGGGUUGGGGUUGGCCCAGGAGGUCCACCUCCCUCGGGAUCAGAGACUGGACUAGGGAAGUACGGCAGCUCCACUCGCUUCUCCUACACCUCACAACACUCUGACUACUCCCACAGCCGGCACACACAACGGAUGCAGACUCACGUGUGAGACAGAGAUGCAUAACCACCUCACAGUCUUAGCUGCGCAUGAGGAAGCAUCUUAUAAAUAGAGUCACACCUAAAAACACUCGGUCACAAAUUUACAUGCGCACAUUAUCACACGCUAACAUGAACCCUACUAAACACAAACACAACUACAGAACACAAAAAAAGAAAAACAUCACACACACAGGCACAAAACCAGACAACCAUGCCCAUGAGACAGGGGGUAGGGGAAACUGAGAGAGCAAAAAGAGAGGGUGGAUAGGAAGGAGCUUAAUGAGACAGGGAAGGGAAAUUCCACAGCUUCGAAUUCCUUCACUCCCGAUGUGUUUGUAAAUCUGAGCUCUGAAAGAGCGGACAGCGCAAGUCACAAUCAAGAUGGGUAAUGAGAGCAAGAACCCGAGAGAGGACAAGAGAUCGCUGAUUUUUGGCGCCCAUAGCCUUUGCUGUGAACUGACGUAAAAUGAUGAGAGAACGUCUUAAAGCAAACUGAAAAAUAUGGUACAAACUGAUCGGAAGAAACCUCAACCGGUGGAAGUCAUUUCUGGCCGACAUUUUUACUUUUUUUUUUUUUUUUUUUUGCUGGUUGACUUAUUCAGUGAUCAUAGAGCACAUACACAUAGUAG